AUGGGCAUCGGUAGACAGUUUCAUGAGUCCACCUGUGUGAAAAAUGCCUCGCCCACUAUGGGAAACAUGGCAAUGCGUAUCUUGUUACUUGGAAGUCCGGGGUCCGGAAAAGGAACCCAAUCCGCUCGUUUACAAAAAAACUUUAACAUUGCCGCAAUAUCAAGCGGGGACCUUCUGAGACGAAAUAUAGCAAAUGGCACAGAAAUUGGAAAAUUCGCAGCAAAGGAAAUUGAGCGAGGAGCAUAUGUCCCGGAUAAUAUUAUGAUCGAACUUAUAACUAAUGAACUUCGGAUUAUCAAACGAAAGAAUUGGUUGUUGGAUGGCUUUCCACGAACCAUUAAUCAGGCCACGGCAUUGGAUGAAAAUUUGGUUUUGACUGGCCAACCUUUAAAUUUAACGCAUGGUAUCGACGACAUCACUGGCGAAAAAUUGUCAAAAAGAUCCGACGACAACGCUGAGGUAUUUAAAAUUCGACUUCAGAAACAUCGAGAAUUGACAGAGCCUUUGUUGGAGUAUUAUUCCAAACGCAAUAUAUUGGUCACCUUUGUCGGAAGCACUAGCGACGAAAUUUACCCUCAAAUAGAAAGCGAGCUCUUGAGAAGAUUCGGCGUCGAAAAUUUCAAUCAGGCAAGACCUCACAUUGUUAGCGAAGAGGCAAAUAAUAUUCUCUUUGAAUGA